AUGUCUAACAAAAACGGAGUUGAGUGGAGUAUCAGGGUGGGUGAUGGAUCAUCAAUGGUGCUUGAGCCCGAGCACAAGAAUGGAGUGAUGCGAUUAUGGGACCGAUUAAAGGGUUUGGUGGUUGGGUUUGUGAUGAGAGUGUGCAUGUUUAUAAAGAAGGCAUGGGCUUUAGGGGUAGAUGAUCCUAGAAAAUUCUUUCAUUGUCUUAAAGUUGGGGUAGCUUUAAUGGUUGUUUCAUUGUUUUACUACAUGAGACCUUUGUAUGAUGGUGUUGGUGGCAAUGCCAUGUGGGCGGUUAUGACUGUCGUCGUCGUCUUCGAAUAUACUGUUGGUGGAACUUUGUACAAGUGUUUGAACAGAAUCUGUGCCACUUUUCUUGCUGGAUUUCUUGCACUUGGGAUUCAUUGGAUUGCUAGUCAUGCAAGCCACCAAUUUGAGCCAUAUAUCAUGGGGAUUUCUCUCUUCAUACUAGCUUCUGCUACUACCUUUUCAAGAUUCAUCCCCACAGUGAAAGCUAGAUUCGAUUACGGCUGCACCAUCUUCAUCCUUACAUACAGCCUAGUCUCGGUCUCUGGGUACCGCGUUGAUCAUCUCCUAAGCAUGACUCAUACUAGGGUAUCAACCAUAAUCAUAGGGACUUGUUUGUGCAUUAUAACUAGCAUGCUUGUUUUUCCUGUUUGGGCUGGUUUGGAGCUCCAUCUUCUGGUCCCACGUAACAUGAACAAGCUUGCAAAAUCACUAGAAUGUUGCGUAGCUGAUUAUUUUGGCCGCGGUGAUGAGGAAUCUAAGAAAACUUUACAAGGUUAUAAAUGUGUGUUGAAUUCAAAAUCGUCCGAGGAAUCCAUGGCAAAUUUUGCUAGAUGGGAGCCUGCACACGGCCGCUUCAAUUUCCGCCACCCAUGGAAAAAUUACCUUAAAAUAGGAGCAUCGUCGCGUAGUUGUGCUUAUUGCAUUGAAACACUCACUAGUUGCUUGGAUUCCAAGAAUCAGGUCCCGGAAUCAAUAAAGAAGCAUCUUGAAUUAGCAUGCAUGAAUCUAGGUUCGACUUCAUCAAAUGUUAUAAGAGAACUAGCAACAAGUGUAACCACAAUGACAAGAUCAGUGAAAAUAAAUGCGGCAGUUAAUGAUAUGAAGAACGCGGUUCUUGAACUACAAGAUGACUUAAAAUCCCUUUCGGAUUUGCUGAUCCAGCCACAUGAUCACAAGGAGAAUAACGAGCAAGUUUCAAGUGAAAUGCCCGUAAUGCCCCUGCUCGAAGUCAUGCCGUUAGUGAGUUUUGCGUCUUUACUCAUUGAAAGCGCUUCUAGGAUAGAAGAAAACAUGGUGAAAGCAGUGGAAGAGUUGGCAGAAUCGGCUCAGUUUAAGCAACCAGAAGAUGAAGUAAAACUUAAACACAAUCAGGCUACUAACAAGAUCGUUUCUGAUGAAGAAAAUGUGAUCGCCCUUCAACGAGUAUGAGCAUAUACGUUGAAUGUCAUGUUUUCCGAUAGAAGUCGAAGAUCUGAUAACAUAUGCAUCCGGGAAUCAGGAUCCUAAUGCACCAGGCACAAGCAGUCACUUGUUAUUUUAGUUCCAUUAUUUUUCUUCUUAUGGCAAAGCACUUUGACUAAAGCAUUAGUUAACUGAUGAGAAGUGGUGUAUAUUACACAUUUACACAUGAAUGUUACAAUUCAUUGGAACCUUAUUGAUUUUGAAUGUGGUAUGUUAUUGAAAGUUGGAGAUAUUAAAGUA